AAUCAAACGCCGGCGGGUUUCAUCCUUCUCCUCCUUUCGUCGUCGUCUUCUACAAUUCGGGGAUUACAGAGCUUCGAGCGAUAAAAAAUGGCGGACGAUGCUUCUGCUCCCGCGGAAGCAGCGAAGAGGACUAGGGUUCCUCUCAAAUCCAACACUAACUUCAACAACUACCCGGCUUGGAAGCGCAAGCUGAGGGAAAACUGUCAUAAGAGGCUGCGGGAGGACCGGACUCGGCUGCUAUGGAAAAUACGAUUGCCGGCUUCACAGUCUCUCGAUGAAAAGGAUCUCGCCAGGGCUGCGUUUCAGGACAUAGUUUCGGAUGAGUUUAAGAAAAUUAAAGAGUCUUCAUUGAAGGAACGCCCGAAUGCUGUGGACACAAACUGUGAAGAGGGCGACCCUAUAUGGGAAUACAACGGUCUUCAUGAUGCUUAUCAAGGAGACUGCGAAGAAAUUCUAUUAGAAAUGCAAAGGAUCUUUUACGAGGAUCUCAGGGAGGAACCUUGUAGACUAGAGAGCUCCAUUGAAUCCUGGGAAGACGAAGAAGAUGAGUAUCUGGCUCGUGCUGUCUAUGAAUAUAUGCAGUUGAAUGUGGAUCAGGCAAAAAACGAGGUUUGGUGCCCCAUUUGUAAGAAAGGAAAGCUACGAGAGAAUCAUAAGUUGAUCGACUGCAACCUUUGUCAACUCAAACUAAACAAAAGCGGGGAGGUGAGCUUAGAGUUAUUAAGAUCUCGACUCGCUGAGGCUCACACAGAACAUCUAGAUCGAGGCUGCAGAUUAAAACCCGAGUUCAGCAUUGAGACGAUCUUCAAUCUAACUGCUUUGUACAUUAUUUGUUCCGGCUGUGAUACUUUUGAGGUCGUGAUAUGAACAUUGUCUCUCCUGACUGCAGAUCAUCUUCCCUUGAGGAAGGAUUUUUAUCUAAAGAAAGAAUUUCAUUGAUCAGGAAGCAAUUUGACUCC